AUGCCGCGAAUCUACCUCAAGAAUUUCCCCCAAUCAGCCGGCGAGCAGGAGAUACGCCAGUUCUUCAGAAAGUAUUCAGCGGAUAUCGAAGGCGUCAAUCUUGUCGAGAAGAAAAACGAGGACGUCGUUAUUUCGCGUUUUGCGUUUCUUCAAAUCCGCGACGACUGCGCCAAUCUGCAAAGGCUUCUCAAGGAAAACGGAAAAGAGUGGGACGGCGCUAGAAUCGAAGUGAAACAGGCGAAGGAGAGCUUCAGAGAGCGGGCGGCGAAACUGCGACAGGAGAAAAAAGAAGUCGAAAAUAAAGAAAACUUCCAAGCGCCUUUUCAAGCUGCCAAAUUCGAAAAAAGCGACUCGGAUGAUUCCUCCUCUUCUUCGGAUGAUGAUGAUGAAUCAAUUGAAGAACAAAAAGAACAGAAGAAACGAAAACUCGCCGAGGCUUCCAAACUUUUGCAAGCGAAACUAUCCCAACGAAAGAAACACAUUUUCUUUUGCGAACUGUAUGAAAAGGAAAGCGCCAAAGCAAAAACGCACGGAGAUGAUCGUCGAAAAGACGCGUUGUCUGAAAGAGAAGCGCGUUUUCAGCGGAUGAAAAUGGCAAAGCCAAGCGGCACAAAAGUCAGGUUCGAUUCAAGUGACGAAGAUGAAGAGACCGGGAAAGGACGCGACUUGCUGGACGGAUCGGGAUCAGAAGAAGAGAUGGAACCUGAUUUCUCGUCGAAGAUGCGUCCCGAGUUUGGAGACGCUUCUGGAGCUGGACUCUUUCAAAUGGAACAGAACUUUAAUGACGAGAGAUUUAAACUUGAUGAACAUUUCAAAGACGACGAAAGACUUCAGGAGAAAGUAAGCAGGCAAAAGCAACAGGAACUGCGAGCACGGAGAAAACGCGAGUUCCAAAACACCGUCUACAACCCAUACGCGUCCGAUGACGAAUCAGAGAACGAAGAAAAUGCCUUCGACCAGAAUCAAUUCACGAAUUUAAAAGCGCCAGAAAUAUCAGCUGAGACGCACUUUGGCGUGAAGAAGUUGAACAUCGGGGUCGAAGAAAGUGAAACAGGCGAGCAAGCGGCGGGCGGCUUUUCUUUGCUGUCGAUGUUUAACAGGCCUGAGGGUCAGGACGAAGAUGCAAGUGCUGAAGACGGAGAUCAGAUGGAUGACGGAGUAUCAACAGUCCGGAAAGCGCCCCCGCAGAUAACGAAAGUGCUAUUGGGCGGAGAGCGCGAAGAAGUUGACUUUAAUUUUUGGCAAACGUAUGACUUGAAGAAGUUCAAAGUCGACAAGGCGAAAGUGAUCGAAGAAAGACGAGCAUUGCGCCAAAAAUCAAAGCAAGACUAUUACAACAUCGCGAGAAGGCAUAAAGUAACCAAGCUCGGUCAUGAUGCGCUGCUAGAAAAACUCUUUCAAUGGUGGUGA